CCGCCCUCGCCCUUCCCCGCCCACACCCGCGCCCGCCAAGAUGGCCUGCUCAGUGCUGGAGGAUGCCGCCGAGCGGCAUGCCUGCUUCGCCAUGAGUUUCAUCACCGCCGGCCUGUACCUGGCCCUCUUCGGGACCAGCGCGCGGCUGCUCUUUCUCCGAUUCCGCCUGGACGCCAGCCACAAGUGGCAGAUUUUCUUCCACUCCUUCAUCAUGGUCGGCUGUUUGAUCCGUAUCUGCUACAUGUGCUACCAGCCCUUCAGUGACUCCAUCAACGACCUGUCCUAUGUCAUCCUCAACUCCCUUCCCUCGUUCAUCUUUUUCUCGGCCUACUUCGUGUUCCUGUUUUUCUGGGCCGAGCUUUACCACUACAGCUCUGGGCGCAUUCGCGUCUUCAAGAAGCACUAUAUCACGGCCAACGUCACCAUGUACACCCUGCUGACGCUGCUGUACAUCGCCCGUGUGAUCACCUUCACGCUGGGGUACCAGAAUGGCAUCGAUGACGCGAUGGCCGGCGUGGCCGGGCUCCUGCCGGCCGGGCUGAACGCGCGCCUGAGCCACCUGCUGCCGGCCGGCCGGGACCACACCAUGGCCAUGGCCGAUGGGGGGAUCCACGCCGCCGCCUCGUCGCCCUCGUCGUCGUCGGCGACCCCGGCCGAGCCGUCCGGCUCCGGGAGCGCCAACGACCCCACCUUCAAGGAGCCCGUGGAGAUGACCAUUCACCUGUACACGGCGCUGGUGUACUUCAUCCUGGCCGUGGGGUACUUCUUCUACGGGACCCAGCUGUAUCUGCGGUAUGGGCGCUUCCCGACCAUCACGGUCCAGCGCCGGGACCAGCAGCGGGACCUGCUCCGGCGUCUGGGCUUCGUCACGCUGCUGUGUACCUUCUUCUUCACCGGGCGCGCGGCCAUCAUCGUCGCGUGGACCUUCCUCGACUGGACCCAGGCGUGGUACUUUGACUCCAUCUACUUCAUCAUCCUGGAGAUCAUCCCGGUCUUCUGCCUGUUCUACAUCUUCGACCACACUGGCAGCCCGAGCCAGCAGCAGCAGCAGCAGCAGCAGCAGCCGCCGGCGGCCGCGGCCAAUCCCGCCAUCGCCGGGGCCAACCCCCAGGCCGCGGCCAACUACUACAGCCCCACUCCGGGCUACAACAUCCCCUAUUCGUCGCACGUGUACAAGGCCCAUCCCAAUCAGCCGCAUCACCAGCAGGCCACCCACCAGCAGACCGGCAACAUCCAGACCACCGACUACAGUGAGACUACAUCGCUGCUGGGCAACACCGGGUCCACCCCCCUGGCCGGGAACUCGUACUACUACCGCUGA